CAAUCAUUAAACCUGUCAUGCGUUUGCUUCAAUGAGGAUACAAAUAUACCGAGAUCCCUAGAAUGUCGCCCGUCUUUACUCCACCCGUAAAAGCUGCCUGUCUAGCAUGUCGCACUUCCAAAACGCGCUGUGAUGGACAGAAUCCUUGCAACAGUUGUUCCAAGAGAGACAGGCAAUGCAUGUAUCAACCAAGUCGGCGAGGCGGGCCCAGAAGAGGCAUUCGAUAUACAAAUGCGUAUAAAUCUUCCAAUGCGAGUAAAGGCUCGGAGCCUUCAUUGAAACCACCAGAUUCACUUCCGCUCCCGGAAUUUUCCUUGGAUGCUAUCUUUGGUUUGAUUUCUCCAUUGAGUGGAAUACGGAAUCUAGAUGUUUCGCCUGAUGGGACUAUGACAUCUGAUCAGACAACAUCACUCUGGAAUAGCGGUUCGAGUGAUAAUCAAAAUAUUCAUGAUAUGAGUCAUUUACAUGGACUGGAAUCUCCAAUCAUCCGAACCUAUGAAAGUGAAGAAGACAUAAUCAACGCUUAUUAUAUCUUCGUCCACCCGUAUCUCCCUCUAUUACCGCCGCCAAUUGCCCCGCAGUAUGAAGAUCGUUCAGUACCUAUUACAAUCACACACCAAGGACCCUUUCAGGCCCAAAAGUCGUUUCUGCCACAUUGGCCUACCUCGCCACUAACUUUCGCACUGUCUGCGAUUCUAGUGCUGAUACCUCCGCCUCAGGGCCUGGGCUGGGCGAAUGAAGCUACGGUGCGAUGGAGGCGAUCAUACGCGGAACUUUACAUGUCAUCUGCGCUGGAAAGUGUAGAAAGAAUCAUUGAUUCUUUAGGACCAGUUUCAGUUGGUAGUUACCCUAGUAUGGAACUUGCGCAGCGGAAUCCGAUCCACUCCUGCGUGCCAGUGACUGUUGAACCGGUUUUGGCUCUUGUCGUUGCAAGCGUAUAUGAAUAUUGUCAGCGCGGCAAUAUAACGAAAAUGCGUACCCGAGCUAACCAUGCAGUAACUUUGGCUAUGGAUCUCGGACUUCAUAAUCUUGAUUCACAGGCUUCGAGGUUUUCUGAUGCUCAAAGACGGGCGUGGUGGGUGACGAUGUUUAUGGUGUAUAUAUCUUCGUGUGUUCAAGUCUCGGCGCCAGUAAUUUCUAUUAAUGACCCUCGUAUAACCACACCGUACCCUCAAUUCGGGUUCUCAUUGGAGCCCUGGCCUCUUAUAUUUAAAGCACAGGAAGCAUUGUUUGCAAGCACCAAAGUUGCUAGUAAAUUGACAUCUGAUCACAAGAGAGAAACGCCCUCACCGACGAUUGGUGAUCAAAUCCGAGAUCUAGACUCUGCAAUAAAGAGUAUGAUCAUCGAAUCAGAUCGUUCCCUGCGUCUGAACUGCCAACAGGGUGCCGACGCAUCUGCAGCUCAGAAUAUGUGGCUGAUUGCCCGUCUUUUUAUUCAUGCCUCUCGUCUGAAACUACAUCGUUUCAGAGCAUUCAUGGACAUUCCCAUAUUCCUAGAAAACCACUGCGAUAUUCCUUCCAUCAAUGUGGACAACCCGGAAUUGAUGCCCUCAACGAGUCGUAUGACCGAACUUGAAGCAGUAUUCCCGUUCACUGAACAAGAAUCUUCAGUAAUUUGUCUGAAAUCCUCUCUCGCCACAGCUCGGAUAUUCCACAAUCUACCGAACCCAGCACUUUGCAAUCUCGCCCCGGAAACCACAAUAGAUAGACAGUCGCCAAAUUCAGUCACCACGCUUUUCCCUCCCCCCAUUCCCUAUUUUGCCUUUCGCGCAUCGGCAGAUUCUGGUCGUCUAUGCACCUGCUACCAUCUGCUCAGCCAGCCUGAACCAGGGACAGAAGUACAGGACGCGGAGAGACUGAUGGAUGAAUUGCGGAAUGGAGUUGAGUCGCUGGUGACAUGUAUGAAGCCCAUCGUCAUUUUCGAAGGCAUGAGCGAUAUGGUUAGAGAGAUUGAAAACGCCUGGCAUGCUGCCUUUUCCGAACUUAGCCAACUAGAGAACCGGAACUUUUGA